GCUAGUAGUUCAUCAUGAGGCAGAUGAAUAGCACAAGGAGCUGAAUUUAGUGAAGACGAGCAAGUUUUGAAGAGUAUCUAAAGCUUUUCUAAUUAAAAUAUUUGUGUGUGUUUUUAAGAAAUUAAGUUUUGUAGAGGAUUCAGACCUGAGCAAAGACCAGAGCUGGGAGCAGCAAACCAGCUAGUACUCAUAUAAUGGGAGGGUGUGUGAGAGCGCACAAUUCUCCCGAGUCCUUUCUCCAGGCUGCUUUCAUGUUAUAGGACGAACAACGGUGGAUUUAAUGGACAAUGGGAUCGCUGCAGGAGAUCACAAUAUCACCAGGUGCUGUGAGUGAAGCCCCCUCUGAAUGUGUACAAGUUUGUGACGUACUUUCGAGUGUGAGCCUGAGCCUGUGCGACCAUGCCAGGGUCUGGGAGCGGUUUAUCGGUGCGGCGCUGCCUCACCUUCACCACAGGUCUGGUGGAGUGCCUGUGUUUCGCUGGAGCCGUGUUUGGUUGGGCUUCUCUUGUGUUUGUCCUCAAGGAAGAAGGGUACUUCAGCUCUCUGUGUGUCAACGGCACAGGAGUCAAUGGAACACAUGUUUUAGAUUGCACCGAACAGGAUGAACAGUUCUCGCUUAUUUUUACCAUUGCUUCUUUUAUGAACAACUUCCUGACGCUGCCGAAUGGUUUCCUUUUUGACCGGUUUGGUACUACAGUGACUCGGCUCUACGGAAUAUUUCUUUACACCAUAGGUACGGUGAUGGUGGCCUUUUCUACUUCAGUUCUGGCCAUCCUGCUCUUCCCAGCUCUCUCCCUCCUGGCUGUGGGUGGCAUCUUAUUUCUGAUGACCAACAUGCAGGUGGGAAACCUGUUUGGCUCACAUCGCUCCACCAUCAUCACUCUUUAUAACGGGGCCUUUGAUUCUUCCUCAGCACUCUUCCUCGUCAUCAAGCUGUUGCAUGAACGUGGCAUCGCUCUUCGCUCCUCCUUCCUGUUUCUGUCCGCCUGCAGCGUCAUUCACCUGCUCAGGACUUUCUUCUUGCUGCCUCGGAAAUUGAUUCCAUACCCGCUGCCGGAUAACUACACAUACGGGAUAACCUGUGGUAAAUCAGACAAUCGCAUUGGUGAGGUGGCAGAAAACAGAGAUGCACAGAAGGUAGAGGAAGUGCCGCUCAACAAGGAUGCAUCCGCAAAGCAAGAGAAGAGUUUCCGUGACUGUUUGCUGUCCAGGUUCUUCAUGUGGCACCUGCUUUGGCUGUCAGUGAUGCAGCUCAGGCAUUACCUGUUCAUUGGCACCCUAAACCCCAUGCUGCAGAGGCUCACAGCUGGAGAGUCCUCACUGGUGAGUCAGUACACCAAUGCCUUUGCGAUCACCCAGCUAUGUGGCGUGCUGUGUGCUCCCUGGAACGGCCUCAUUAUGGACAGACACAAGGGCAAGCCUCGAGCUGAAGGGGAGAGCGAGCAGGAGGUGGACUUGCGGGCGACGGUGCUUUCUCUCUUCCUGACGGCCCUGCAGUGCCUGUUGUUUUCCAUUUGUGCCUCCACCCCAUACCUGCCUCUUCAGUACCUCACCUUCGUCCUGCAGGUGCUCAACCGCUCCUUCCUCUAUGGCGGCAACGCGGCCUUCAUCAGUGUGGCUUUCCCAUCCUGCCACUUUGGGAAGCUGUAUGGUCUGGUCAUGGCUCUGUCUGCGGUGUUUUCGCUGCUGCAGUAUCCCUGCUUUGCUCUGGUUAAAGUCUUGGAUGGGGAUCCAUUAUAUGUGAACAUUGGUCUGACAUUACUCAGCCUGCUGGCCUUCAUCCACCCCCUCUCAGUCUACCUGCACUGUCGAAGCGUUUCCUCCCAGCGGGUCAAGAAUAAAGCCAUGACGCAGUCUUCUUAAAGUCUGUACAGUGACUCAUUCUUAGAAGUUUACUACCAGUGAAAAUUACCUCUUCAACUUGUUUCAUGUGGUUAAAGUGCUAUUUCCACAUUCCUGACAGGAAGUAUUUAUUGUUUGCUCUUCAGGCUCUGUACUGAAAUAAUGAUAGAAGCUGAUUUUUCUUAAAGCUGCAAAUGGGCUUUUUCUUUGAGAAUCACCAAAGUUUGCAUUUUAUAUUAAUGAGAUCUCCUCUUGAUCAGUGACUGUGCUUACAUAGUUAUAUGGGGCUUUACUUUCACCGCACUAAUAAUCUGCUUGAUCGCAUUUUGGUGCUAUUGCCUGUUUUUCCUUUGCAGACCUUCCUUUUAAUAAUUUCCCCAGCUACUGAUUUGUCCAAAUUAAUUGUAGUUUUUAAAAAAAAAAAAUUCACACUCACAUGAUUCUCACUUUAUAUUAACACACACCUCCACACCAGUGCAAAUGUAGCUGUAGACCAGCACUGAAUCAGCCACCAAACCUUACACGUCAUCUGUCAAACACAGUUCUUUGAAUAUUCAUAAAAAUCAUCUCAAACGUACUUAUAACAAAACUGCUGCUUGGCCUGUUUUAUUGAAGUGUGCAUUGUUUUGCUUUAGAUUGAAUCUACUGAAAGACAGCCAGAAGAACAACAAAAAGCAUUCAGAUACUAACUUUAUUGGCUGUUCUUUUUUCUUUUUUUAAAGUACCAUAAGUUGGCUCUAAAUGCAUUUCAGAUUGUAAAGUGUGCAUACGCAACGCUUUGUGCAUGUUCAAUGCAAAGAUGACCAUAUCUGUUGUAGAAAAGAUUCUACUCUGCAGCUUUUUAACUCCCUUUUGCAAUUUCAGAGUUUAAGCAGGCUCUGAGCUGCUGUCUCUGAAGCAUGUAAACAAACCGAUGGUGCUAAUGUGCGCUUUUCUCUAACCCUACUUUACCGUCCGUUUCUAUAAUCAUGCUGGCUGCCCUAAUAAUGUAUGUGCAAAACUAUGACAGGUCUUGUUUCUUGUUUUAAUGCACUUUUAAUAUUACGUCUUUUUAUAAAAAUUUUCAAACAAUUGCUAGAUUGUUGGCAAGAUUACUGAAGGUAUGCAUGGAUUCGCAUAAAAACUCAAACUAAAUGAAGUUACAAAGUUUUCUAUAAAGUUACUGUAAAAGUGAGGAUUCCAUGAAAUUGGGGGAGAUUAUCAUUUUGCAAGUGCACAUCAAAUUGAAACAAGGUGAAACAUAAUUUUUAUUUUCCCGAGCAAAUAUGAAAGUAACCUAGGUCCAGGUGAAGUCUUGGAUCCAGGGGCUCUGUUCACACAUUAUAUGGAGGGAAUUUCAGCUUUGGCAGAGAAAUGCGUUCAACAAAUGCACUGCAUGUGUUUUUUUUUUUUUUUGUUUUUUUUAAAUAUAUUAUGUCAUUGCUCCAGUGCCAACAUCCUCAACUUCUCCCUCCCCUAUACAUGUUUUUACCUCUAAAGAGUAAAGGACCAACAGUGUUGGAUAUAGUGACCACAUAAGGGACAUUUGGGAACAAAAGCAAUAAUUUUAAGCUCGUUCUCGGCCUUGAGCUAUUGUCUUGACAGUACAUCAAUAACUUGAUUGAUGAGGGAAGUGGAGAGUAUAAAAAACCUCUCUGCCAUCUGCUGGCUUCAGUGCACACGGUACAAAUGCACUGACAUCAUGACAAUAAUCAACAGUUAAGGAUGCACGUUUGCGUCCAGCAUGUGAAUUCUCAGGUAUUCAGUGGUUUCUUUCUUUUUUUUUUUUUUCUUUUUUUUUUUUUAAAUGUACUGUACCUGGUGAUGUUGACAUGUGAAGGAUGUUAAAGGGAAUGUCUCCUAUAGUGUUUGUUUCAGACUCUAAGUAUUUUUCUGAAGUGCCAAGUCUUAAGAGGUAGUAAUAAUAUUGAAAUUUGCAUAUAAACAGUACUGUGCAAAAGUGUUUACCCAUCACUUGUUUCUGUAUAUUUUGCAAGCUCUUCUUUCAAUGUCGGCUGCCUUUUGCUCCAUUCUCUGUCAAGAUGAUCCCACACUGUUUCAUAGAGAGGUCCAGGCUCUGGGAAGGUCAAUGACUGAUAAUGCUCAACUGUGCGUUUGUUUUUUCCCUUUAUCAGGUAUCCUUUUACUGCACUGCCAGUGUGCUUGGAAUCUUUGUUUGGCUGAAAAAUGAAGCUGUUGCCAAGAAGAUUCUUUCCAGAUGUAUUUCACGUAGGAAUAAAAUAGAUUUAUAUUUUUCUAUGUUCAAAUUUUCACAAAUCUUGACAACACUUCACCAUGCCGAGAUGUGCCAAGUUUUUUACCUAGUAACGCUAGAGGUUCCUUGUUGGUUCCUUGUUUUGUUUUGUUUGUUUGUUUUUUAUAUACCUUGUCAAACCAUUAUCUUGGGCAUUUUAUUUCUAUGUUAGACUGCUCAAAGCUACUUUAAAGAAAAAAAAAAAACUACAAAAGAAAAUUUGAGCUCUUGUAAGCAAAAUCUAAAGAAACUACUCCAGACUUUGCACUGUCUUGUCCUGCAAACUUCUUUUUUCAGCACCAAAAUGAAACAAGUCUUUUGAUAUUAUCUAUAGUGUAGUAAAGGGAAUUCAUAUAAGCCUUGAAUGCAGUUUCAGUUUAUAGCUGUGGUGAAACUGUUAUGUCCUCACGUGCAGGUGCCAAAGAUAUAGAAAGUGCAAUUAUGAUAUAAAGAAACCUAUGAGACAUGUCCAGUAUAUGUAUAUUUUACAUGCACAUAUCCAAUACUAUAUUUGAAUAAAUAUGACAAUUAGUG